AUGCCUUUGAAGCCAGACAAGAAGAUCUCGGAAAUUGAACAUACCGUGGCGAGUUUACAAAAGGAAAUAGGAGAGAUGAAACUGACGGCAGAGAGACAAAUGGGUGUGUUGGACAUGAUCGAAGAAGCGGUGGCUAAACAGAUGGAGAAGGAAGCCACGCGUACCUCGAUUCAUCUCAGCUCCCCACAAGCGACAUCAAAGCCUGCGAGAGGAUCGAGAAAAACGAUCGCCCACGAACCACUGGAACGGCCUGAGAUAUCCUGA